UGGUAGGAGUACUAAUUUUGUUUCAUUCGAGUAUUUAAUAGUUCAUUUUAAAAGAUAAGUAAAGCGUUAGUGUUAUAAAAGGUAGAAGAGAUGGCCAAAAGCAAAUUUGAGUACGUGCGCGAUUUCGAAGUCGAAACGAAAUGUUUGCAAAAUUGUUGGAUCGUCGUCCGAAUUGACGGAAAGGGCUUUCACAAAUUCACGGACAAACACGGAUUCAGGAAGCCGAACGACGCCCGAGGUCUGACGCUGAUGUCGCGAGCGGCGGCGAGAGUCAUGAACGAGUUCAGGGACGUCGUCGUCGCGUUCGGGCACAGCGACGAGUACAGUUUCGUUUUCAAGAAAAACACCGACAUAUACAGUAGAAGGAGCGAGAAAAUUCUGUCCCUGGUCACCAGCCUCUUCUCCUCGUCUUACGUCUUCUUCUGGCCUCUGGAGUUCCCGGAAAAAAAACUUCUAUACGCGCCUUCCUUCGACGCAAGGAUCGUACUUUAUCCGACUGUCGAAAAUCUCAGAGAUUACAUGAGCUGGAGGCAAGCGGACGUGCACGUGAACAACUUGUACAAUACCUGCUUUUGGUCUCUUGUCCUAAUAAAAGGACUUUCUCGUGAAGAGGCGCAGAACAAAUUAAGUGGUACUGUGUCGAGCGAAAAGAACGAGCUGCUCUUUCAGGAAUUCAAUCUCAACUACAACAAGGAACCGGAAAUGUUUCGUAAAGGGACCACACUCGUCAGGAAAUCCGUAGUUUUUCCCAACGAGACGAAACCCAAAGCGGUGAUAGUUCCACUCCACUGUGAUAUAAUUAAAGAUAAAUUCUGGCAAGAAAACGAUGAAAUUUUAAAUUCAAACGCCAUCCCCUUGAUUGAGUAUAAAGACGAUUUGUUGUGUUUUUCUAAGUAAAACGUUAUGAGAAAGAAGUGCAUUUGUUCAACUGGAAGAACAAUAAAACGAUUUACCUUUCUUAA